AAACACAGCAAUAGGUGUAUCUAGUCUUAAAUUUCUAUAUUAUAAUAUUUUCUAACUGAGAUGAUAUAUAAUCAAAAGUUGAUUCGUUGGUGCCGACUGAUUAUAACCAAUGAACACUAAUUUUUUGUUGACAGUUCCAGCUAGCGAGAUAGAAAAAUAAAUUAAAAAAAUCAUAUUUUUGCUUUUAGUUUACUAAUUUCAAUUCAUAAAUCAUGUGGCUACUCAAUAUAUGUAGUUGGUAAAUUUUACAGUUUUAAAAUUAUUUUUAUUUUGUUUUGGUCUAUAUUAGUAGGUACUAGCUGUGAGCUCUAUAGAAUACUGUAAAUGAACUUUUGAAUGAAUACUAAUUUUUAAUAGGACCAUUGAAUGUGUGAAGAUUGCUUAUUUCUGGUACUUUAAUUACAUACAUGUACAUGUAAUUUGUCACCGUUGUGUAAAAUAAUCUGUUCAAGUACAACAGACCAGUAAAGAAAAUUACUGUCAGAAAUUUGGGAUCCAAUUUAAGUUGGAUUUUCUUUUUACCAUAUUAUUACUAUUUACAUGAUUAGAGGAAUGUAGUUUGUUGGUUCUAUGAUGUGUUAUAAUAUGUACUCUUUCUGUUUUUGUAGGUACACUUCGCUUUUACCCUAGCAUGUCUAACAGCAACAACAGCAUAGUAUCCAUUGGGGUCUUUUGGGACAUCGAAAAUGUCCAUGUGCCUAAAUGGAAGUCUGCUUUCUCUGUGGUCCAGUGUAUUAGGGACAGGUUUUUUUCAGGUCUCAGAGAGGUUGAAUUUAUGUGUGUGUGUGAUAUCCACAAGGAAAGCAAGGAUGUUAUUCAGGAGCUUAACUCUGCUCAGGUGAAUGUCGUUCAUAUUAACGCAACUGCCAAAAAUGCGGCCGAUGAUAAAAUCCGACAAAGUCUUAGACGAUUUGCUGACACUCAUCCUGCACAGACAAAAAUCAUUCUGAUAUCAAGUGAUGUAAAUUUCACUUGUGACCUUUCCGACCUGCGGCACAGGAAGAAUUUUUACAUUAUUCUCAUUCAUAAGCAUCAGGUCAGUGAGGCCCUCACAGCAUGUGCCAAUGAACACUACAUCUUUGAUGACUUGGUCUUCAAUCUACCAUGCCGUACACCAUCAAAAUUGGAAGAUGGCUUAUCAGAGUUGAUGGUGACCGGUUUCAACUUUCAGCUCCCUUCAGAAAGGAUACGGAAUCGAUUGAAAACUUUGUCCUACAACUGUGGUGGAAGGGUCGUCUCUGUCACACCAGACUAUGCACUGGUUCGCUUUUCUACUCUGGAAACUGCACAGCGGGCAAGAAAAAGAAUGGACGGAGAAGAUGUUUAUGGAAACAAGAUCUCUGUUGAGCUGUCUACAGAUGUAAAUAGUAAAGAAAAUACACCAGGUAAAGCGAGAAAAUCUACUUUAACCAAAUGUGAUAGCUUCAAGGAACUAAAAGGAAAAAAUCCAAGUAGCCCAUCUAAGAAAGCCCGUGUUGACAAUGUCUGUAAUCGGCCUUACCGUGGCUGUUCAAGUGCGCCAGUGUUUGAAGGUGGCAACGUGUCCGACACCGAAACAGUGUUCAAGAAACCACAGACACCAAGCAAGUGGAUUGUCCGGGGCACAUCGACAUCUCCAGCAUUACGUGUGACUGCACCAAGCAAUUGCAGUGGCCAUCACUCAGACUCUGCUACCAAGGGACAAACCAGGGCAGAUUCUCCUGGGAAAAGUGCCCCAGCAAAUGGUAAUAACAAAGUAACACUAAUGCAAGCAAACCGAGGCAAAAAACUUGAAUUCACAAAUAACCAGGAAAAUGUUCAGAAAAACAAAACCUUUUGUGAUUCGCAUAAUCAUUCAUUUGUGGUGUCAAAUACUGCAAGGAUGAUUGAGAUUGAUUCAGAAAUGGUGUCGUCGUCAUCGUUGCCAAGGAAACAAACUCGAGAAAUGUUAAUGCUGCAGCAGCAGUUGUACCAGGAAAGACAACUCAACUCAGAAGAUGACGAGACAUCCAGUUCUAGAUGUCGCAGACCGAAUAGUGCAUGUUUAGCAGAUGAAAACAACUACGUGAGGCUACGGUUCAACAGUGGAUCUUCAUCAUGCACCAGUUCACGGCCAAACAGUGAGCCAUUUGGCCACAGAAACAACACUCCUUCACCCUACCUGUUUGAAUCGAGGCAUCGAGGUGGAUUGACCUUCAGAAGUGCUUCAAACAGCCCUGUUGCAGAGCUGAAUAACUUCAACAACAACAACCACCGGGACUUAUAUCCAUUCAUUAAAGAUAAUCAAAACCGAAACCAUGACCAUCACCGUUCAGGGUCGUUCUACUACAACAGCAACUACAGAUCGUACACAGAACUGAAGAAUAGCUACCACAACUGUAGUUUCCAACACAUCGAAGCGUCAUUCAGCCAACCAGCCAGCCAUCUGCUGAAUACCUCAUUUCAGCCCAUAUCAAAGAGCACGUCCCCGUCACCAACAUUUUCUGACGAAGGAGGGUAUUCGGAUGGAUCUCUACCCGCAACACGUUCUGUGGAACUGGUUGUUUCCAAUCUCGACUACAAUAUCAGCCCCAAAGAGUGGCGAAAGAUCCUCUUUACUACUUUUCAUCCACAUGUGAAGGUUCUUAACGUGCACAUAAAGACUCAGUUGGACAACACGAGUAUUGGCAUGGUCAAGGUGCCCAGUGUUGAGGAGGCCAGGUUUGCCAUCUCCCAGUUCCACCGCAAGAAGAUUGGAUAUAAACGGAUCCAGGUCACUCUGAAAAACGACGACAGCUUGACUGCUGCAGCAAACAUCCGAGCUGAAGCCAUAGCUUUAUUAUCUGAAGCUAAAGGGAAUGUUCUACCAUUGUUCAAAUUUAUUGAAUUAUUUGAUAAAAGAUACCACAAGACAAUCAGCGUCUCUGAAUUGUACAAAAUGAGAGACAUUCUGGACAUAAGGGACCAAGAAGGGUCGGGCCGUAUGGUGUACAUGUCCCCAGGAACCUAUCGCUCACCUACACCACAGGAAAUGUUCAAUCUUGAGCUUGGUACUACCUGGCAAGGAACUAUGCAGGAGGCCUCUGAAGUUCUCGACCAGCCCGUUUGUGCCACACACUGUGUGGAUGGCACAGUGUUCUAUGCAGAGGCAAUGAACUCGUGUAUGCUGCCAUACGUGAGGAUCAUGAUGAAGACGUUUGCCACUCAAGUGCACUCCCUGCUCCUCUCGCACAUUGGACAGAUGCCACUGAUGAGUUUUCCUGCGUGCUAUGCUGCUGAGUUUGACUCUCUCGUCGGGGUCAAGGAAGGUGGUGUGCCGCUAGAACAUCUCAUCAGCUGUGUUCCUGGAACUCAGAUCAUUGUGUCACGGUGUGGAAUAAAACAAAUACAGUGGAUGGAAAACCCAGUACCACAAGAAACAGAUACAAACCGGCCAUGCAACAGUCCAAUGCUGUCACAGCAGCUGAAUCAGAUAAGUCGCGAAAUAACUGAUCUGCUGAAACACCACCCGCAGUGUCGAAUGCCAGUGUCACGAUUCAUUCCAGCAUAUCACCAUCACUUCGGCCGCCAGUGUCGUGUCGCAGACUACGGCUAUACAAAGCUCAUCGAACUGUUUGAAGCCAUUCCACAUGUCUUACAGGUGCUGGGAACUGGGGACCGUAAGGUGCUGACCCUUAGUCAUCGGGCUCAAGUGAGAAGAUUCACCGCUGACUUGGUACGUGUCCUAAAGGGGCAGCCAGGCAAACGGCUACCCAUGGAUGAAUUUCCUGAUGCUUAUGAGAAAGUGUUUGGUCGAUCUUGGGAUGUGACAGAGUAUGGAUCUUGUUAUUUGGAAGACAUACUUGUGGAGGUUCCAGCAUCCACAGUUCAGGUAUUAAGUGAAGCAGGGCAGUCAUAUCUGUGUAUCCCCAAGAGAGUUAUUGUAUAUAUUCCACCAGAGCAAACAGCCGAGGAAAUUGAGAGAACAAAACAGUUUGCUGUGGAGGUUGUUGACCUGCUGAAACACAACCUGCAGUGCCGCAUGCCGUUCAACAAGUUCAUACCAUCGUACCACCACCAUUUUGGAAAGCAGUGCAAGGUGGCAGACUAUGGAUUCUCCAAGCUGACCGACCUGUUUGAAGCCAUUCCUCAAAUACUUGAGAUUGAAGAUGAAGGCGAUGAGAGAAUUCUUCGACUGACAUUGAUCGAGAUGCGCAAGGUGCUGUGUGAGCAGAUGUCCGGUCUGCUGCGUAACCAACAGGGCCAGGCUCUGCGGGUUGAUGAUUUUCUGCCAGCAUUUGCCUGCCAGUUCGGUUUCAGUCUGAGGCUGGAGGAUUUCGGGGCAGUUUCUGUUGAAUCACUGGUAGCCAGGUUCAGACAUCUAGUCAAGAUUGAGGUAUACAACAAUGAGGAGUAUGUGGUACUCCUCAAGCAGACAGAAUUGCCUCCCUUUGCUCUGGGUCUUCUCCAGUUGCUGAUGGAUCAGAGUUGUGGUUGCCUCCCCUUGGUGGAGCUCUGUUCAAUGUACAAGACUACGUUUGGAACCGAUUGCGACAUUCAGACCAUUAAAGAUGAGCUUGUAGAUUUUGUUGAGGUAUCUGGUGAUGAUGGCUCAGCAGUUGUCAAACUGACACCUUUACAGACGUUGGGCAGAAACGUUCGUCUGCUACUCAUGUGUCAUGGCCGACUCCUGUUGAGCGAGUUGGACACGAUGUACCGAGAUAAGUAUGGUGUGGACAUCAACCCAGCAUUACAUGGCUUCUCCACUCUGAACAGUCUGCUCCAAACUCUGCCUCACAUCGUGCUGCUGAAGGGCAGAGGCAUCAAACGAUAUAUAGUCUUAUCAAACUGCCUCAAAUCCACUGGUUCUGGUCUCUCCACCACUGUUUCAAUAAGUCCAUUGCUUGCAUCUGAAAUGAAAGCUGAUGUGAAAGGUGACUCUGACACACCAUCAAAUGAUUCAGGUGUAACCGAUACACAAGACGAGGACCUGAUGAUUACGGAGGAUAAAUCUCACUGGCAGCAGGACAUACUGUGUGCCCCAGUUCCAUCCACCAUUCCCUCGCCAGAGCUGAAACCAGCAACAAACCAGAUGCCAGACCUCAUGAUGUUUAACGGCAAUAACAGACAUUUUGAUAGUUUGUGGACGAUGACUGAUGAUGAGAAACGAGGACAGAAGACUCCGCUGUGUCGUACUCCCACAUCCGAUCUCCUCCAGUUUGCAGCUCAGUGUCUCAUCACACGCCCCCCUGAGGAGCCAACCUCUCAGAUCGCAGAUCCGAAUACAGCUGCAGGUGGCAGCCAACAGGGAUCACGUAAAGCCGAUACCCUGGCUGCCACCAGAAUGUCGGACUCCGACCAGAGCACGGACCUACUGGAGCUGUUGAAGGGCGGCUGGUGGAAGGCAAGUCCAGAACAGCUGCAGGAGGUGAGCAGGUCUCUGAACGUUCCAGUCUCUGGUCGAGCGACGCCAUGCAGUGACGGCCAGACGACAUCGACAGACGACAGUGUCACGAAAACAGACAGCUCGGUGUCGACGGAUGAUCCAGGAAUGACAACGUCAUCAACUCUGGAUCACACAGCAGAGAUGGAAAAUCUGGUCACCACGGCGACAUCAUUUGAUCAUACACUGGACAGUGGUCCUACAAAUGACCAGCAGGCUGUAUUCACUCAAGUGGAGGAUUCAGACACGGUCUCUGAAUGGCGUGGCAGCUCUGGAGAUGUUCACAACUGUAUGGCCUUGGAUAUAAAGGAUCUUUCUGAAGACCAAGCUGUUGGAGGGCAAGAGAAUAACGCGGUUUUGGAUGUUUCCUAUGAUGGGAUGUUCCAGCGUGGGAAACCAUUGGAGACAAGUUCCACAAGAUCUGGGUCGGAGUCCCAUUCGGGUACGCCCACACCAUCACCAAAGAAAUCACGAUGUCGAAUAGCUGCAAAGUUCAGUUUUCCAUUGGCCAAACCAAACUGAGAAGUUUUUUCAGAUUAGUUUAGGCACCCAAGUUGAUGUUUCCCAGAAGACCCCAAUAACCACAAUAUUAGCUUAGUGCGAUUUUUCUAGAAAAUUUACUUUUUGGUAAUAUCAUUCUUAAAAUAUAUUUAACAAAGCAAACCUUAUGGGGAAAGGAUUUUUUUUUUUAAAUAUAUGCUCAGUUUGGUUUUUCUUAACCCAUGAUUCAGAAAAAUUAAGUACAUAAUAAAAUAAAAAUAAAUGCUUUCUUUCAAAAUUUAUGAAUGGGCUAAGUAAAGUGACAAUACUUUUGUGUUAAAAUGAUAGAUUUUGCAGUUAAGGUUAUUUCGAUGUUACGGUAAAAUUUUAGAACAGUCGCUUAAGCACAAUUUUGAAUUUUAAGCUUGAAAGGUCCCCUACUCCAAUUAUACAUGGGAGAAUUUUCUCCAUUUAUAUCUGGAUUUACAGUUUUCUACUAAAGUAGAAUAAUUUAGUUUCAGCUGAUGUUUGUAUUUUAUCUUAUUUUAGUGUGCAGAAUGAAAAAAUAUUUGGACAGAUAAUGGUUCUUAAUUAUGUAGCACAAUUGUCUUGAUAUGUGAAAAAAAAAAUGAUUUGUAGGUGAUGACAUUUUAAAUAUUUUGUCUUAGUAAUACUACAGAUGAACAUUACCAGUUACCAAAUAAUUUUGGUAGAAUAUUUAAACAUUGGAAGAAUGUUUGAGAAAAGUUGUUUUGAUUGGCAUUGAGCAUGGUUGGUGAAACAUAAGCCAAUUUAUUUCCUUCUGUGCCAGUUUCUUGUCUGUAUGCUAAAUGACGAUGACAGGUAACAAAUUAAGAACAGCUUGAAAGUUAUUUUGGUAUGGACAUUGUUGCUACCAAAAUGUUAACAAAUAUAAUUAAACUUGAUAGUUCACAAAAACUGAAAUCGAACCCAAUGACCACUACUUGAAUGGUAGGCCACAUUACAACAAACUAAAUAUAUUUAACGGUAAAUGGAAAUAAAAUAUGACAUCUUCAGAAUGUUUUAAUGAAUUUUUUAAGUUUUGCCAUGUCAGGUCAUGGAAAUGUCAUUUCUUAAAUGUUACUCAGCAUCUGCUUUGUUAGAGCAGAAAAACCCUGAACCUAGAAUCCGUUACAUAUUCUGUAUCGGAUGACUGAAGAUAUGACUGUUUUUAUCUUCAUCUUGUUCAGUUGAGCAACAUGUGACUGUUCAAAGACCAUGCAAACGCAGCCGUUCAAAUUGCCGUCUGCAGCACGAGUCUUGAUCAUUGUCGUCUUACUAAACCCCAGAGGUGUCCAUGAGAUUGACAUUUCCAAAGACUUGGCAGCUGGUAUGUUUUUAAGAAUGCCGAGUCAAAAUUCCAAAUUCUUAUAUAGGAGUAUUCUCUAAAUUAUAUAAUGAAAUAAAAAACUGUUUUGAUUAAAAAUAAACUAAUUAUACUAGUAUGUAAAAAGAGAAAAUCAGUCCAGAUUUGUUUUAAACAAAUUAAAGUGAUAAUUCAGUUUAUAUUACAUUAGUAAGAGCAUUUGUUUAUUAAUGCAUUUAGUCAUGUUAUGGCUGUUCGAGUAUUGCUGCUAUUUUCUAUUUAUGCAUUUAAUCCAUCAAAAUAAAAAUGUUCAGGACUAGAGUAAGUUUUUACUUUCCAAACUCCAGAUGCUCAAGUUUGUGGUUUUCUCAAGUCUAGCAUUUAUAUGAUCCUGUGUUAAGCCUAGACAACUUUUUAUUAGUACCAGUAUGCAAUUAUAAAAAAAAAAAUCCAUUUCAGUUCAUUGUUUCUAUAGAAGAGUUGGUUUCUAUUAGUUUGAAAUGGUAAAAACAAAUUGAUCAUAGAUGGUAAUGAAAUGACUAGAAACAAAACAAUAUGUAAGUUUUAAAUAUUAAUUUUGCCAAACCCAAACUUUGUGGGCAUGUAUUAGGCUAUGGAUGUGACCAAAUUGGCAAUGCACACUUUGACUUUGUUAUUUUGAAUCAGAUCGUUUUUAAUGUCUUUUUCCCCAGAAAUUGUUAAUAUUACUAGUUAGGUAGUAAUAUUGUUACAACUGUGUAUUGUUUGAAUAUUGGACAUGCUACUCAACUAUUUACAUCUAUUUUCUAAUGAAUAUUUUGGAAAUGUAUUUGUGAUUAUUUUUAAUAGUUAUAUUUAUUUAGUAUUCAAAAUGUAUGUUGCUCGUAUAAUACAGAAAAUGUAAUUUUUUUUCAAAAUUAAGUGCUACUGAAAGGUACUACAGGUUAAGUUCAUUUCUGACCAGUACAUUAAUUUAUAGAAAGGUUUUCUUACCCAAAAUGUUAUUGUGUAAAGUGAUAAAUAUAAGUGUAUGCAUGAUUUUUUUUUGUAAAUUACGAUGUUAUGUGGCGUCAAAACUAUAAAAUUGAUGGAGCAGUUAAGUUUCUAAUUUAUGUAAUGGGUUGGGCACUUGCAAAUGACAAAAAAGCCUAAUUGAAUUGUGUAGAAAGGUACUGCAGUACCUACUAUUCCAAAGCUUGGUUAUCCGAAGCCAGAUUGCAAAUAUAUUUAUACCUCCCAACCCUAAUCAAACAUGAAACGUGUUAACGUAAACAAGUUUAACAUACACCAUGCAGUUUUAAGGCAGGUCCCAUGCUAAGUCGUCUGAUCUUUGAUUUUUAUUGAUUUGCCAUACGCUUUUUACCAGCAACCAAACAAGCAGUGAGUAAAUGCAAUCAGAAAUGCUUUAUUCAAGUCUGUAACCUACUUUUCAUCACUCUCACUGAUUUAUUUAUUUUAAUUUUUUUCGAAAAAGGUCAAAUUUGAUAUUGGCUCAACUUCCUUGUGAUUAGUAUAUAAACACAAUUAUUUUUUAGAAGACUUUCUCCUAAUAUUGAUUUGAUCUGAUAAAAUUUACUGUAUAGUUUUAAAAAUAAGAUGCUGUCCACAUUUAAAUAUGAAUCGAGGCUCUCCUCGCCCCACCUGACAUAUUUUUAGAGUUAAUACCAUUACUUACACAAUAUCACACCAGUUCAGAUCUGCUAUAAUGAGGCAGUGAUAAUCCGAUUAGUUAAUAUUUAAUGUACCCUGUAUACACCAAGCAAUGCAUUAAAUUCUAAUUUAUCAGCUCCAUCAAACCAUCUCUAGUAUUGGUUGAAAGGCACACAAAAUAUAAAAAAGAUUUUCACAAUUAACAUUAGUUUUAAAAUGUCCAAAUAAUCAAUUGAUGGAUGGUAAAAAUAUUGUACAUUUUUUAAUUGAGCUCCCAAGAUAUUACAAGGUAAGCCACAGAACCAGUGAUCUCCAGUGUUUACUCUUUUUGUUAACAUUAAUAAAUACAAAUUAAUGGGACUACUGUACCAGUACUUUCUCUACAACAUACUUCUGUUUAAUAUACCUUUGUAGCUGAAGUAUCAUGUUUGAAGAAAUUGUAUAUUUUAGGCAACAAUGGUGCAAGCACGAGUCUUAUUGAAAUAAAUAGCUUUAAUCAAC